CGUGUACCACCAACUGCGAGUGGGGAAUGAAAACAAAGUUUCUCUUUCCGCUUGGCUCGCCCAGAAAGUAGAAGCCAACUUGCAUUACAACAACAACAUCGCCUUUCACUUGGUGUCAUUAAUCGUCCUUCCAAAUUCUUUUGCUGGUCAGGAUUUCAAAACGACAAUCGAACCUGCGUUUUAUCCAACACUCUACGCCCGUUGGAUCUCUCUUUAAGCUUUACUAAUCCUUUCAUUUUUUGCAUGAUUUGAAGAAAAAAGGUACAAGGAAACUUUUUAACCAUGGAUGCACAUUCUGCAUUGUCCUUUCAAAGACCGGCUGCCAGACAACUUAGUAACCAUGGAGCCACCAGCAUUCGGUCUUCUCCUUUGGAAGAUAAUUAUCGCAAGUUUCCCGAACAUCAAACGAGUUUCACUAGCGGGGCUGUUGGACACAUUUUCUCCUCAUCUUCAGGGCUGUCUUCAGAUCUUCACUAUUCUUCUGUUACUUCUCAUGAAAAGCAUUCAGAAAGGCUAUCUUUCAUACCUCAGUGCGCAGGAGUUCUCCAGUCUACGGCAUCAAGCCAGUAUAUUAAAGAAAACAACAAUAAUUCAUGGAGUACUGAUUCACUCACUGAUUUUCUUGACUAUCCACAAAGUGUACCCAUUCAGUCUAGUAAUUUAGAACAGAAUAUAAUGCCAUCUGACGAUCUCAGUAAACAAAAUGAUUGGCAAGAUUGGGCUGAUAACCUCAUUACUGUAGAUGAUGCUAUGACCUCUGAUUGGAAUGAUAUUCUAAUUGAUACCAACAUUAUUGAUCCAGAACCAAAGAUGGCAUUUCAUGCUGGGGGGUCAUCUACAACCUCGAUACAAGUACAAACGUCGAUUCCUCAAUCAUCUGGUGAAGUUUGCAUUCCAGUGGUUCCAUCACCUUCUGCUAGUGGUUCUCAAUCCAAAGCACGGAUGCGUUGGACUCCAGAACUUCAUGAAGCCUUUGUCGAGGCAGUCAACAAACUGGGUGGCAGUGAAAGGGCUACUCCAAAGGGAGUACUGAAGCAAAUGAAAGUUGAAGGCUUAACUAUCUAUCAUGUAAAGAGUCACUUACAGAAAUAUCGAACAGCUAGAUAUAGACCUGAGCCUUCAGUAGAAGGACCUGCAGAGAAUUUAACUAAAGCUGAAGAUUUCUCAUCUCUAGAGUUGAAAACGGGUUUGGAGAUUACUGAGGCGUUACGAUUACAAAUGGAAGUUCAGAAGAGGCUACAUGAACAACUUGAGAUCCAAAGAAACUUACAACUGAGAAUAGAAGAACAAGGUAGAUACCUUCAGAUGAUGUUUGAGAAGCAAUGCAAGUCAGGAAUGGACAAGUUCAAGGCUUCAUCGUCUACCCUGGAUCUAAUCAAUGAGAAUCCAAUUUCACCUGCAAAAACAGAACUAACAUCCUUGCAGGCUAACCCCGAUGACCUAGGACUUGACCCAGUGAUUGGACAAUCUGAAGAAGGCCCGAGCAUGUCAGGACCCUCUGACUCUCAACCUACUAAGCGUGCAAAGUUGAAUGAGUAAGAACCUAUUUAGCUGCCAAAUCAUCUUAAACUUCUAUAUGGGAUGUAAAGGUUUUUAAGUAAAACGAUGACAAGAGAUGGAAGUCUUGAAACUUUUGUUUUUAUAACCAGUUUCUAUAUAGAUUUUGUUUAAUAAGAACCCUAAAUCAGAUGGUACAAUUCCUGAUGUAGUUUUGAAUCACCCUAGAGAGAGAGAGUUAGUUAUAGGAUUUUUAGGCUUUCAUACUCUAUAUAAAGCGGAAAUUCUAUGUUAUUUGCCAAAGCUGCACCUACACUUGGUCCAGAGUGCAUUGCUUGGAUGUAGUGUACAUAUAUGUAAAUAUCAUGUACUCUAUUUAUUCAUGAAAUCAUGAACAAGGGUGUCCACACGCUGACAUUUUAGGGCUCCUUUCAGUAA